AUGUCGUCAAAUGCUGGACAGUCCCCGACGCCUUCCAAAGCAGUAAAUAUCUCGAACACCUCGGGCAGUUCUGCGACGUUUCAUCCUUCUGCUUCGUCCGAUAGUGGCUCUCAGCGACGGCCAGGUGGUCCGGGGAGCUUUGGUGCAGGUCUAUCCUCGAGGGGAUCAGCAUCUCCGCGGAACAAUCAAAGCAAAAAGAAUCAGCAUAAGCGACAAAAGAAACCUCGGGCCUUGGAUGAUGACGAGUACAGCGAAUCAGCCGUCAUGAAAUCUACAAGUAGCCGCAAGGGACAGACGUCCAUUACCCAUCUGAUGAACUUUUCCCUCCCACCUCGACCUCAAUACCAACCACCACCCCGCAAUAUUCGGCGUUAUACAUCGUAUGGUGCAGGAUCUGGGUACCAUGCCGUGGACAAAGCGCGCUAUGUCCAUGCCAACUACCGUUUCAUUGUUUCACCGGAUCGCAACUACCAUGCUCAGGCCGCCAAUGCCGACGUACAUCUAGACUGGGCCUCUGUUCUUCAAGUCCUAGUCUCCGCUCAAACUCAGGAUGCCAGCUGUCCCAUCUGCUUAUCGACGCCAGUUGCGCCCCGGAUGGCACGAUGCGGUCACAUCUUCUGUCUUCCUUGUCUUAUUCGGUACAUGCAUUCAUCCGAUGGUGAACAUCGGGACAAUUUGGGCCCCGAAAGAAAGCCUCGGUGGAAGAAAUGUCCCAUCUGCUGGGACUCGGUUUACGCUUCGGAGACUCGGCCCGUGAGAUGGUUCCGCGGUCAGGAGGGCGACCUCCCGGUGGAAGGUGGAGAUGUGGUCCUGAGACUGGUCAAGCGAGAGCCUGGCAGCACUCUUGCGCUUCCUCGCGAUGGGGGUGAAACCAUUGCGCCGGGAGAAGACAUCCCAUGGUAUCAUGUGGCGGAAGUUGCAGAUUAUUCUCGCAUCAUGAAAGGCGGGGAGGACUACAUGACUGCUCAAUUUGAUGCUGAGAUCGAAGAUAUCCGCCGGCAAGAGGUCGAGGAUGAGCUUCUUUUCGGCGAUGAGAAUACAUGGUCUCGAAAGGCCGUUCGGGCAAUUUCAGAAUCCAAAGAGAAGCUGAAGGGGAUCGGUAACCCGCCCGAUCUCACAUGGCAAAAGACGAGCUCCAAGUCCACAAAGGAGCCUGCUGUGGAACCUGAAGCCGUUGAGCAUGCGCCUCUUUCUGCUGGUGGCUCUUCCGAGGAAUCGGGGCCUGGUUCCAGCACGGACCUAACACAUCCGGCCACGGAAUCCACAUCCACACUAAUUACAUCGGCCGAAUCCGAGCAAUUGUCAGAAGCCAUGGACAAAGUACAACUAGAAUCUGACAACAAGUCACAGUCACGGUCAAGGGGUCGGGGCAAGGAGCCACAAAAUACUCCUCCGUCUGACCAGCCCUACUACUUCUAUCAGGCUCUGCCCCAGUUCUACCUGUCACCUCUCGACAUCCGGAUCUUGAAGGCAGCCUUUGGUGAAUAUGCUCAAUUUCCUGCGACCAUCCUGCCACGCGUAGAGCAUAUAUCGACUGGGCAUAUGGUGGACGAUGACCUCCGCAAGCGCGUCAAGUAUCUGGGUCAUCUACCUUAUGGGUGUGAAGUGAACUUCCUCGAGUGCGACUGGAGAGACGUGGUCGUUCCCGAGGUCCUCGCGCGCUUCCGCACCGAGACCGACAGGAGGCGGAAACGCAAUCGGGAUAAAGAGGCUCGAGAAGAGAAGGACCGCAUCCGUGCAGAGAAGGAAGAAGACGAUAAAAGAUGGGCCGCUGCUAGGCGCAAGCGACCCAGUAUCAGUGACAUUACCAGCGAAGCGCCAUUCUCUGCGCAGGACUUUCAGCCGUUGUCCAGUACUGCUACUGACCCGCCUUUGUUCGACGCGGACACCUCUUCUGCGUCCCCGCCACGCGCGUCUUCACAAUUUGGCGCCUUAGCUUCCCCUUCGACGAGUCCGCCUGGCGCCCGUACCGUGUGGGGUACCACGGCGAUCCCAUCGACGUCCCCCGUUCUGGAAGUCCAGCGGCCCCACGACGGGUGGUUGCAGGGUUGGGAGGACGAGCUCUUCGCGCAUCAAGAAUCCGAAGCAAUUGCCCAAUCGGCGGCCGAGAGUCAGUCUUCGGGUCCGUCAGCCGCUGCUAAGGGCGGAAAGAAGAAGAAGAAGGGCAAGAUUACGUUGAUGUCUACCAACAGCCAUCGCGGCGCAUGA